CCUAGCGGAGACAACAUGGCGGCUACGGCGAGCCAUUGCUGCGAGAUUUGAAUUAACACUACUAGUAACUACUGCAUCCUUGACGAUGGCGUCUCCGGUUUCGUAUGGUUCCCGUCAGAGCCCAGAUGAGCUCCCUGGAGACCAUUCUUCACAAGAAGAUGAGGAUUGCGAUUAUGAAGAUCGGGUCAACGACUCGGGUUCAUAUUCCUCAACCAGUAGUGAUUAUGAUGAUGUUGAACCUGAGUGGCUGGACAGUGUGCGGAAAAAUGGAGAAUUAUUUUAUUUGGAAUUGAGUGAGGAUGAAGAAGAAAGCCUUCUUCCUGAGACUCCUACUGUGAACCAUGUCAGGUUUAGUGAAAAUGAGAUUAUAAUUGAAGAGGAUGAUUACAAAGAAGGAAAAAAGUAUGAACCUAAACUCAAGCGGUUUACGAAAAUUUUAAAAAGUAAAAGCCUUUUACCCAAGCGCUACAAUAAAAAAAAUAGCAAUGACAAUGAACCAGUGUCCAUUCUAAAGCAUCAGUCCAACCAGAAAACAGGAGUGGUUGUCCAACAGCGAUACAAAGACGUGAAUAUUUAUGUAAACCCCAAAAAGUUAACUGUGACCAAAGCCAAAGAGCAGCUGAAGCUUCUGGAAGUACUGGUUGGGAUUAUUCAUCAGACCAAGUGGAGCUGGAAAAAAACUGGAAAACAGGGCAGUGGAGAGAGACUUGUGGUCCAUGGCCUGUUGCCAGGAGGAUCUGCUAUGAAGAGUGGUCAGAUAUUAAUUGGUGAUGUCCUCGUUGCUGUGAAUGACGUGGAUGUGACUUCUGAAAACAUAGAAAGGGUUCUGUCUUGCAUUCCUGGACCUAUGCAGGUAAAACUGACAUUUGAGAAUGCAUAUGCUGUGAAAAAGGAAACAACUCAACCAAAACAGAAAAAGACACAGUCGAACACAAGUGAUUUAGUCAAACUUCUGUGGGGAGAAGAGGUUGAAGGGAUCCAGCAAAAUAUCCUAAACACUCCUCAUAUCGUUAUGUAUCUCACACUACAGCUUGACUCGGAAACAUCAAAGGAAGAGCAGGAAAUUCUUUAUCAUUAUCCAGUUUCUGAUGCAUCUCAGAAACUGAAAAGUGUGAGAGGGAUAUUUCUCACACUCUGUGACAUGUUGGAAAAUGUAACUGGGACACAAGUUACUAGCUCAUCCCUUCUUUUAAAUGGGAAACAAAUCCAUGUGGCUUAUUGGAAAGAAUCUGACAAGUUGUUGUUAAUUGGCCUGCCUGCUGAAGAAGUUCCUCUCCCUCAGCUAAGGAGUAUGAUAAAAGAUGUUGCCCAAACCUUAACAUUUAUGUAUGGUUCUUUAGAUAGCUGUUGUUUCUUCAGUGCCUUUUGCCAGGUUGAGAAUGUUCCUCGUCUGGAUCAUUUUUUCAUCUUGUUCUUUCAAAGAGCACUUCAGCCUACUAAACUACAUUCCAGUGCCAGUUUGAACGCACAACAAUAUGAUGCUUCCAGUGCAGUGCUUUUAGACAGUCUCCCCGGAGUUCGGUGGCUCACACUUCCACAGGAAAUCAAGAUGGAACUAGACACAGCAUUGAGUGACUUAGAGUCUGCAGAUUUUGCUGAACUGUCUGAGGACUACUAUGACAUGAGGCGGCUGUAUACAAUUUUAGGAUCUUCUCUAUUUUACAAGGGUUAUUUGAUCUGCAGUCAUUUGCCUAAGGAUGACCUUAUUGAUAUUGCCAUAUACUGUCGCCACUAUUGCCUACUGCCGUUAGCAGCAAAACAAAGAAUUGGUCAGUUGGUUAUAUGGAGAGAAGUGUUUCCUCAACAUCACCUCCAACCUUCUACAGACUCAAACACUGAAGUCUUUCAGGAACCUGAAGGAAGAUAUUUUUUGCUAAUUGUUGGCUUGAAGCAUUAUAUGUUAUGUGUACUAUUAGAAGCUGGAGGCUGUGCAUCCAAAGCUAUUGGGAAUCCUGGACCAGACUGUAUAUAUGUGGAUCAGGUCAAAACAACUCUUCACCAGCUGGAAGGAAUAGAUUGUCGCAUAAAUGAACGGCUAACAUCUUCUCCAAGCCCCUGUUUGUCUUGUGCUGACUGGUUCCUUACUGGAUCACAUGAAAAAUUAGAUAGUUUGACAACCUCACCUAUCCUCAGUAAGCUUCCAGGUACUUCCAAAGUAGCAACCUCUCCAACAUGCAGAAGAAUUCUUUUUGGUGACUAUUCCUUAAAGACACGUAAGCCCAGUCCUUCCCAAAGCAGUGGAGGAUCUGACAAUGGUUGUGAAGGUGGAGAAGGUGUUCACCUGAGUCCCCACUCUACACCAGAUACAGUACGGAAACAACAAAGAGAACCUCAGGGCUCUGAUGGUUCAGAAGAAAGCGGGGCCUUGCUUAAGGUCACUAAACGGAAGUCUGCUCUUCCAAAUCCAUUUCAUUUGGGGAACUUGAAAAAGGACUUUUCAGAUAAAGAACUGGAAAUAUAUAACACAAUUAAAUUGACAUCUGGUCCUGAGAACACACUUUUCCACUAUGUUGCCUUAGAAACUGUGCAAGGGAUCUUUAUUACUCCUACCCAUGAAGAAGUGGCACAGCUAAGUGGCUCUAUCCACCCUCAACUAAUAAAGAAUUUCCAUCAGUGUUGUCUCUCCAUUCGUGCAAUUUUCCAACAGACAUUGGUAGAAGAGAAAAAGAAAGCACUAAAUGGUGAAGAUCAUUCAGGUUCUACAAAUUCAGUAUCUUCUCUUCACCCUGUGAAAGAACAUGGUGUGUUGUUUGAAUGCUCACCUGAAAAGUGGACAGAUCAGAGAAAAACACCACCAGUUAUGGCUUACUGGGUAGUAGGGAGACUCUUUCUUCGUCCCAAACUUCAAGAACUUUACGUCUGUUUUCAUGAUUCAGUCACAGAAAUUGCCAUAGAAAUGGCUUUUAAAUUGUUCUUUGGAUUAACCUUGUAGCUGUGUUUUCUUAAUGCAUAGCAACUAUGCAUGGAACAUUGAACAGUGUUAGGAUUGCUGAAAACAUACACAAGAAGAUAAGGUUUAGCUUCUUUUAACUGUUCAGUUUUGAACACAAUAAUGUUAAAUAUUGAGAUGAUAUGCUCUUGGGUUUGAUGCACUAAAUCUUACGUAGUAUUGUCAGACUUUUGAAAAGAUACUUGAUCAAAAUAAGAAGGGAUUUUUAACUUAUUUCCAUUUUUGUAUGUAAUGUUAAUUUAUUGACUAGUUUGAAAUAAUGUGAAGUUUUAUAUAAAAUUAAUAGAGGAAAUAUUUAUCUUGAGGAACUAUUUAUCUUGGAAAAAUACACAGUUCAUAAGCAAAUUCACUUGUGUAUUUUUCUUAAGACUAAUGAGGAUAUCUGGUGAAAGAAUCACAAAACUGGAGGAUGUGACCAGGUCCUGUAACUAAUUAGUGCUGUGACCAUGAACAAGUUUUUGUACCUCUCUGAGCUCAGAAUCUUCAUGUAUAAAUGAGAUGACUGCAUUGAGACUUCUAAAGUCCCUCUUAAGUAACAUGUGCAAUUUUUUUUCUUCUUGCCUACUCAUCAGUAUCUAAAUUGUAAUGUCCAAGUACUGACUCCUUAUUAGAUCAAAUACUUUUCUUUAGUUUAAGUGCUUUAAUAGAUACCUCACUGUGGGGUAGAAGAACUAAGGAAUGAAAAUUAAACUUUUUUCUCUAUUUAUUUGAUUCUCUUUACUCUUUCAGAUCAGCUCUGUUUUGUCCAGAAUAUAGUUUUUAAACUAUUUAGUGUCCAUAAACUUUUAUUAUUUUUCUUUUUGUUGAAAUAUAUUCAGGUAUGCACACACAUUUUAUAUAGUUCAUGAAUUUCAAGACAGCUGUAUGUAAAUCUUUUUACGAACCUAAUCAUGUUAAAAAACACUGAAAAACUUGGAUUAAAGUAAUCCUAUGGUGACUUGUUAAGUACUAAUUUUUGCCUUACAAAUAUGUCUCAUUAUGUGUUGGGUUUUCCCAGAGGGAGGUACCUUAAUGAGCAAAAGUUUACUUGACCUUUAGUAGAGAAAGAAAACUAAUGAGAUAAGAAUUUUCUUUGACUGUGACACUUUGGUAGAUUGAGAAGGAAGGAAAAACAUAAUAACUGCAUUUUUUAUUACUAUUUACCUAAUGGAUCCUCCUGAAGUCUCAGAUGCCCUUAAGACUAUAAUACUGGGUUUUUUUUGUUCUUCAGGACUUAAGCUUUGGAAGGAAAAUUAUGCCAACACAUGUAAAAUCAGUUUCUAUUUCUUUCCCCUCAGACGCCUGGAACAUGAGCCCUCCAGGUUAGAAUUAACUGUAAAACAUAGUGGGUGCACCAUUUGAAAUAUUUGGUCUUUUUUUUUUUAAUUUUUUUUUAACGUUUAUUUAUUUUUGAGACAGAGAGAGACAGAGCAUGGAUGGGGGAGGGUCAGAGAGGGAGACACAGAAUCUGAAACAGGCUCCAGGUCUGAGCUGUCAGCACAGAGCCCGACGCGGGGCUUAAACUCACGGACCGCGAGAUAUGACCUGAGCCGAAGUCAGCCGCUCAAUCGACUGAGCCACCCAGGUGCCCCUGAAAUAUUUGGUCUUAAAAGAAACACUGUUACCUCUCUGUAAUCAGUUUGAGAAAUUUUCACCCAGGUAUUUAAAGUGCAAAUGACUAUAUUUGUCCUAUUAGUGACUUGUGGGCCUUAAAUUUAACAUUGAAAUCAAGGCAAGAAACUUUGGUUCUUGAAAUGUACAAAAUGGCUUAAAAUAUCCUCCCCUUAAGAUCACAGUAUUGGUCAGAAUGGUAGACUCUUUACCACUGCAUUAGUUUAAGGAACUUUGUUUAUAAGUAUUUAUUAAAUGUCUUAAAUUUCUUAAUAUGUCCCCCAAACACCAUGUGCUAUUUUCAAUACUGAGAUGUAUUAAUCCCCUCAGCUUUUCAAACAGACUGAACUAAAAUAUCUCAGGUUUUAUUAUAAGGGACUUUUUUAAAUUUCAUUUAAUGAAAUUUUGGUCUUUUGAACUGCUUUAAUGGUGUCAAAGAAUCUUGAGACCACCACUCAAUAACUAAAAUAAAAAGACAAAGUAGUCUACUUACCUUAAUAAGAGGAAAAUCCUUUGCUACAUUGUAGAUGUAUAGCAUAAUGUUCAUGUUGCAGAGACAUUGCAUUUUUAGGAAAUAAAACCAAACAUUGUGGUUGUCAUCUCUAAAUGGAUAUUGAAGUAAGCAUUGUAACUAAAUCUAGCUGCCCAUUUUCCAGAUUUAUUGAGAUGCACAUCUGAAAGAUCAAUCUGACUAUUGGCCAAUGACUGCCUAUCUGCCACUUUAUUUAAAAAAAAAGGACAAAGUAAAAGUGCAGAUACCCCAGAGGUAUGUUUUAGCAGAUACAGAAACAUUCUUAAGUUGGAUUUUAUUAUUAGCAUCCUGCAAAUGUUCCCUUUUACUAGACUAUGAAUGCAAAAGACUAUAGAACUAUCAAUUUUGGGAAAUACCAGGUACUAUUUUAUCAUCACCAUAUAUCUUAUAGCCCCCCCCCCAAAAUUAUGUUUUAGAUUCUACACCUUCCACCCUUCACCCUCCUCCCCUCUCUUCGUUUGUUUUCUUUCUGUCGGGUUAGAGAACUGUACUUAGCAAAGGAGAGUUUCUUAUUUGUGCCAAGAAACUGUUGAUGAUGAUGCAUACUGGCAAGAUAGUAAAUUUGCAGUGCCUGCUUUUUUAUAUUUCUGACACAAAUGGGAAAAGUUGUGAAACCAAUUUAGUAGGUUUGUCUGCUUUGAAAAUUCUUGGAAAUAAUAUUGUGAAUAACUACUUGUUAUCUGUGUAAGUUCCCCCUAAAUAGUGCCUGCACAGUGCACACGCUGUAAAAGUGUUAGCUACUACUACUACCACCACCAUCUAUUAUUAUUAUCCAUUGGUUGAAAACCCAGGAGCCAGCUAAAUCAUACCUGCUGCUGUACAAAGUGUUGGGAAAAAUCUGAGAAAAAAAUUCAGCACUGAACACUUUGAGAACAAGGAUGUAUACUUUGGAUAUUCUAAAAUACAUUAUUAAAUGUUAUUAAAACUUUAAUCUAUACACUAAACUGUGUGAAAAUGAUAUAAUUUUCUAGAGUUGUAUUUCUCUAUAUAAUGAAGCUAUUUUUAUAUUGAUAGUCUUAAAUAAAGAUGGUUUGGAGGUA